AUGACCUCAAAUAAGUUGCUGACGCUGGUACUGCUCCGACAAGCACCGAGGAUCCUCCUUGGAAUGAAGAAGAGAGGAUUUGGUGUUGGGCGAUGGAAUGGAUUUGGCGGGAAAGUGGAGCCAGGGGAAACUAUCGAAGCUGCCGCUAGAAGGGAACUACUUGAAGAAUCGUGUAUAGUCUGCGAUGAUUUGAAGGAAGUAGGACUUCUGAAGUUUGAAUUUCUAGGUGAACCACAGAUUUUAGAAGUACAUGUGUUUACUUCUAAUAAUUUUAAAGGGGAACCAAAAGAAACAGAAGAGAUGCGUCCGCAAUGGUUUGAAGAAAAGUCCCUCCCAUUUGAUCAGAUGUGGCCGGAUGAUGUGCUUUGGUUUCCGUUGUUGUUAAGUGGUAAAAGGUUCUCUGGAUAUUUCGUGUUUGAAGGACUUGACAAAAUUAUAAAAUACGACCUCGAAGAAACGAAAAACAUCAAAGACAGUGUUAUAAGCUGAUAGAAUAGUCAUUUGUCAUGCUUAAAAUAUGUCAAUAAAUUGAACAAUAUACAAUGUCUCCACAUCAUCCUCAAAAUUCACUAUC